AUGUUUGCCAAAGUUUCAGACAAGUUUCACCACAGGAGGCAGGCCUCGUCCUCCAAGUCGAACCCUCCUUCACCUGUCGCAGCCGUCGCAUCUCUCGUCAACCCUAAUCGUCCUCAGCAGCAGCAACAACAGCAGCCCCAGCGACCGGCCCAAUCCCCUCCGCAACAACAACAACCCGCUCCGCCAGCACAGGCUGCCAGCCCUCCACAGCCCCAAUCGCAACCUCCACCUGCCGCGCCGCAGCAGCCAUCGACGGAAGCGGCUGUUCCGAUGGACGGCAUUGAGACGAGCCAGGCUAACAGUGCUGUCUCCCAAUCUCUCUCAUCCGCAGCAACCGGUUCAUCCGCAUCGUCCUCCCUCUCGCCAGUCACGCAGGAUCGCAACCUCUCCGCCGCUCUUGGUGUCAACCAGGCGCCGGCAUUGCCUACCGUAUCGGAGCCGGCCUCGGGCGAAGUCAAUCGCACAAUGAGCAUUGAAAUGGCCGAUGUUUCAACAUUGUCCAUUCAAAACGCUCCGGGGGACUCUGAGGAGCGUAUGAGGGAGAAGGCUCGCGAAGCCCAUGAACAGGCUGCGCAGGCCGAGGCCAACCUGCACCAUGCUACCCAGCAAGCUCGCGUGGCAGCCAUCAAUGCAACUGCUAGUCAGGCAGCUCUCGACUCUGCAACUUUGGCGGGAUCGAAGACGCCGACCAACGGUCCCACCCGCCAGGGAAGUGGCCAGGCGCAGCAGCGCAAGACAGCUGGCCGUUAUGCCCUUGCAGACUUUGCCAUUGAGCGAACUUUGGGUACUGGCUCCUUUGGCCGUGUCCACCUUGUAAGGUCCAAGCACAACGGUCGGUUCUAUGCCGUUAAGGUUCUCAACAAGGAGAAGGUUGUCAAGAUGAAGCAAGUGGAGCACACCAACUCGGAGAGAGAGAUGCUUGUCCGUGUCCGACACCCUUUCCUCGUCAACUUGUGGGGCACGUUCCAGGAUGCCAACAACCUUUACAUGGUAAUGGACUUUGUGGCUGGCGGUGAGCUGUUCAGCCUGCUGCGAAAGAGCCAACGCUUCCCCAACUCGGUAGCCAAGUUUUACGCUGCCGAAGUGGCGCUGGCCCUGGACUACCUUCACUCGCUGGAUAUUAUCUACCGUGACCUGAAGCCCGAGAAUCUGCUCCUUGGCGCAGACGGUCACGUCAAGGUGACAGACUUUGGCUUCGCCAAGCAUGUGCCCGACAUUACUUGGACCCUCUGUGGCACGCCCGACUAUCUGGCCCCAGAGGUGGUUCAAUCCAAGGGAUACAACAAGAGUGUCGAUUGGUACGCUCUUGGUGUCCUCAUCUUCGAGAUGCUUGCUGGGUACCCACCUUUCUUCACCGAUGAUGGCAACCCCAUGAAGCUGUACGAAAAGAUCAUUGGGGGCAAGGUGCGAUACCCCACGUACUUUGACGCGCUGGCCAAGGACUUGUUGAAGAACCUUCUGGUUGGCGAUCUUACCAAGCGCUACGGCAACCUCCGGGCUGGUUCCUCCGACAUCUUUGCCCAUGGGUGGUUUGCCGAGGUGGACUGGGACAAGCUGUACCGCCGCGAGAUCCCAGCACCAUACGUACCCAAGAUUGACGGCGAAGGAGACGCCAGCCAGUUUGACCGUUACCAGGAAGCCGAUGUUACCUCCUACGGAAAGACCGGAACCAGUCCCUAUGACCAUCUGUUCGUUGACUUUUGA